GUACCAAUCAUAAAGCAGGUAUCUCGUCCUCUGCCGUAUCAAAAACUGCUUGCUCGCCAUGGCAUUCGGAUGGUUUCUUGUCCUUGUGUUCGUCUCGUCGACAUUUGCGGGACAAGUAUGUGAAUACGGAUUCGUGCGCUACAUUGGUCCACUGGAGGAAGAUGGUGAAGAGUUCGGUGUCCCGGAUCUGGUGACGUCAUCCAUCCGUUUGCAGAAUGUUGACGGGGGUAAAGCAAUUCCAAAUGAUUUGCUGGUCGCUGGUCGGAGAUUGACCUUUACCCAAGAGGAUUGGAAAGCAGCCGGGAAUUAUGCCUCCUUCGUCUUCAAAAUUUAUCGUGAGACUGACGAGAUCAGCGCGGUCAAGGCCGUCAGGGUGAGAGUGGGAACUCCUCAAGAGCAAGAGUUCACAAUCUCUAUCAGUGAGGAUGGCGUCUCUUGGGAAAGAAUCGAGGUAUUUUCUGACAGCGUGAGGCUACGCUUAGCUACCGGCUGCGGCAAUUUUCGUACAUGUGACGGUCGAGCUGGGCGGUACAUUAAAUUGGAAGUGAAGGGAGAGAAAGUGCCAGUCAUUGAAAGCGUCGGUAUCCUAGCCUGUCAGGCAUUUAAAGGUGCACUGAGUCCAACCAUAUGGGGUACCUGCCGCUUUUACCGCCCCGCACCCAAUGACGUCAAACUCUCCACCAAUGUCAAGUUGAGUACAGGUUCCAUCAGUGACAUCAUGCGGCAUGGAACCGUCACCUUUGACCCGAAGAACUGGGAGGUCAAGAAAGGUGACGCCUACAUAGAGUUCCAUUUCGCGCGGCAGCUCUUACUGAGGAUCAUAAGCGUACAUACCACUGGGGUGAAGUAUGCCACGCUUUACGCCAAGGAUAUGGAGGGUGAUGAGUAUGUCAAGUCUAUACGUCAGCCGUUUACAACCUGGGAUGGAGGUAUCGCCAUCCGCCUACCUGAUGCCGACAUGAAGGAUGUGCAAUGUUCAGGUUUAGCCGGGAGGUACUUCAAGCUAGAGCUUCACGGGGAAGAAGGCACAGUACCGACUGUUGGUAAAGCCUCCCUCAAGGUAGCGAGACCAUAGGUGGUCUAUCUUGUGAAUUAGCUGUACCAGUAGACAACAAUGACAAAUAAAGCAAAGUAGAUUCUGAUUGUA